CAUGUAUUUGCGUUGACUUUACAUCCUUGUUCCAGCCUAAGAAGUGGCAACAAAAACUCUCGUGAAGCAUAACACAGGCCAGGUUGCUUUGACUGAAACAAAGCGACGCUUUUAAUGUUCCGCGGGCUGUCCAGACUGACCACUUUUGAAGCUAAUUGCGCAUUCUUCAGCUAACGUUAGCCAACUAGAAGGAUAGGGAGAAGCUACUGAGGGAAAACAACUCGUAACAGAGGUAACGACGUCCGGUUUGUGUGCAAACAUGGGGAGCAUCCGGGUGGAGGAGGACGUGUCGACUUUGUAAAAGGUGGACAAUUGUACGUGUGUCGCUUUUCUUCUUGGCGUGAUGAUAAAUGUAGUGUACUACUGUCGUGCUAUGUUCGGAUGCUGCGUGGAGCUAGCCUAUGCUACUUCGACUUGUCCCGAAAAGAUGUUGACUUCCAGGAAAAACAAGCAUUACUAGGCCGUUUGAAGUGAUAUCUUUUCAUGCCCCAGAUACUUCAUUUCAGGCUACAACCGCAGAUGUUAAACCCAAUAGUGAACCACAUGGUGGAAACUGUAAAGCAGCGACAUGCUUCUUUGUCAUGGGCUGACUGCUCUGGCCACGGAGGACAUGUUUUAAACUAGAAGAGCGAGACCACCAUCACGCAGCCAUGGGCAUUUGUUCAUCUGCUUCCAAGAUGUUGCGCAGGGUGAAGUACAUUUUCCUGCUGCUUCUCUCCCUGUCUGUGCUGGCAUGGUUUUCCAUGUUCUCAGGUGGGAGCGUAAAAUCAACACUGCUCCCCUCAGCAGCAACGCAACCUCUCAUUAAAGUAGAGGGCACCCAGGUCAUGGCAAACUUGGGGACGUCAGCAGCCGUUCGUUUAAUUACCUCAACGGCAUUAGAAGAAUGUCCUAAGAAGUCGCCGCUGCUACAAGGUGCAGUGAAGCUGAACUUUGAGCCCUCUCUGAAACUGAAAGAGGUGGAGGGUGAGAACAAGCGGGUGACUGAAGGGCAGUAUCAGCCUUCCUCCUGCACAGCCAGACAGAGCGUGGCCAUUCUCAUUCCCCAUCGCAACCGAGAGCGACAUCUCCUCUACCUGCUGCACCACCUGCACCCCUUCUUACAGAGGCAGCAACUCCACUAUGCUGUUUAUGUUGUACAGCAGGCCGGUGAUGCCACUUUUAACCGUGCCAAAUUACUGAACGUGGGUUACUUAGAGGCACUUAAAGAGUACAGUUGGGACUGUUUCAUUUUCCAUGAUGUGGACCUGGUUCCUGAAAAUGAUCACAAUCUCUACAUUUGUGAUUCGCAACCCAAACACCUGGUGGUUGGCCGGAAUGCCACCGGAUACAAGCUGCAUUACAAAGGCUACUUUGGAGGAGUCACGGCAAUGAGCAGAGAGCAGUUCCGUAAAGUGAAUGGAUUUGCAAACACCUACUGGGGUUGGGGUGGAGAAGAUGAUGACCUUCGCAUCAGGGUGGAGCUGCAGAAAAUGAAGAUUGUGCGACCACCUGCUGACAUUGCACGCUACACAAUGGUGUUUCACAAACGGGACCACGGCAAUGAAGUCAACAAGGACAGGAUGAAACUGUUAAGACGAACCGCACUAGUUUGGAAAAAGGAUGGGUUGAACAGUUGCAAAUAUCAGACGCUGUCAGUGGAGAGGCUGCCGCUCUAUGUCAAUGUCACCGUAGACAUUGGGAAGCCGAAGAGCUGACACUUCAAAUAAGCUCUGCUCACUGUUAUGGCAUUUUAGAGAGGGGUGAAAAAAGUAAUACCUGCCAUUGUGAGUUAGACAUCAUACAGUAUAACGCAUGCAAGUGCAGUACACAUAUGAAGAAGCAGAAGUGAACGCUCAAAUGUGGUUAAAUAUGCAAUAAUUUCACUUCAUGAGCUCAGUGAUUUCACUGUGGCAACGAAACUGAUCAACAAAUGUUGUAUUAUGUGAUGCAAGUCUUGAACGUUAUUGUUCAGCUCUACAUUUGUCAAACAACACUUGUCCAAGGGCCCUAUUUGUGCAGUCAAGGAUUGCCCAAAUGUUGUUUAUGCAUUCCUUUUAUUUAUCUCAAUUGUUACAGUACGUCUACUUUGUAGCCAUGCUGGAUUCAGGACUGUGUGAGUUUUUUUAAAGUACUGAAUGUGAAUCAUCACUUUUUUUUUUUCCUUCCAAACCUAGUUUGCACUUUUUGACAUUUCAUCUACAUGUUAUACUUUUAAAGUACACAAUGCUCAACAUAUCCAUGACCAAAUGUCUGGCUGAACUCAAGUUAAUGUUUGGACUCAAAAAGUGAAGUAGCAAGGAGUGAACACUGGUACAGUAUGGCAUGUUUUGAAAUACUGGACAAAAGACAAAGCCUUGAUAUUAUUGCAAGACCGAAUAGAACAUAGCACAUGUUCAGUAAAAGUAGCCUCAAAAGUACUGCUGUUUUCUUUUUUUUCCUUUUUUUUUUUCUUUUUUUUUUUAAGAUUAGAUAUAAUGUAUAUCUUAAAUAGGAAUACUUUAUACACAGCUUCAAGAGUCUGUUUCAACACUACACAAUGUGCCCCUAUGCUAUUAUGUAUUUACAGUAUAUAAUGCAGACUAUUAUUCUCGACUUGUUAUUCAAGAAAAAUGUUUUGCAAUACAGAUGUUCUUGGAGUAUAUAAUAAAAAGUGAGCUUCA